AUGAAGGAGGCAGCAGAACAUGCCCUCCAAGCUAAAAACCUGCCGUUGGACGUGGCCAUUGAAAACCUCACUUACCGUGAGAGUCGUCGGGCCAUUGAUGUAGUGAAGGACCAUGUGGAGGAUGAGCUGCACAAGGAAGUGGAAGUGAUUGAUGCCACCAAGAGAGACCUUCAGCAGAAAGUCAGCGAGGCUUUUGAACAGCUCUGCCUCUUGCAGGAGGCCCGGCAGCAGUUAAAUUUUGAUCACCGAGGGAAGAAGGAAGCUCUGGAGAUCGACAACACCUGUGUUUCUCUCAGUGUCAACUCUCCCAAUAUCUCCUACAAAGUCAACCCCACUCGGCUGCCAAAUGGAACAAUCACCCCAGAGCAGUGGGACCAGUUCAGCCAAUACAACAAGGAUCGGGCAGAGGCAGAAAUGAAAGCUGCCACAGAGUUGAGAGAGGCCAUCGCUCUCACCAUUGCACAGACCUUGGAAGAAAUUGCUGAGAUGGAGGAGGACAUUCGACGUCUGGAAGAAGAUCUCCAAAGGAAAAUGGCCAGUCUGAAAUUGGCUCACACUCGCCUGGAGACUCGGACUUACCGUCCCAACAUGGAGCUUUGCCGUGACCAGGCUCAACAUGGAUUAACAGAUGAAGUUCAUCAACUAGAAGGCACAAUAGCUGCAUUAAAGCAGAAAAUGGCACAGUCACAGGAUGCUCUAGAUGCCCUCUAUAAGCACCUGUACCGCAUCCAGACAGAUAUUUCCUACAAGAUGAACUCUCUGGUGCUGGAUAACAAAUGCAUGGAUGGCAGGCGAAAGCUGACGGUUCCAGCUGAGAAAUUUGUGCCAGAGGUGGACACUUUCAACCGCACGACCAACCGUACUCUCUCGCCCCUCAAAAGCCGGCAACUGGAGCUGGCCUAGGAUAACUGAGAACAUAGUAGACCUUCUCAGGAUUGACCUCCAACCAAGCCAGGCUACGGUCUGCAUUGGGUUAUAAUGACUCAAGUCAUCUUAUCUUUGCCCCUUCCCAGAGUUGUGUAUUUGCCCUUUAUUUGAGUCUCACAGCUUUGGUAUAUUGCAUGAAAAAAAAGUUGGAUAACUAAUUAAAAAGGCUGCCCUUGGUGCUGUCAAGCCA